CCGUCGGCCGAGUGUGGCGCGAGCGGCUCGUUCUUCCCUCGACGGUCGCAGGCGCGGCGCGAGUGGAGCCUCCAGGCCGUCAAGGGCAAGGUCACCACCUCCUGCCUCUGGAACGCCUGUAAAGCCCUCACUCUGGGCACACUGCUCAUACUUAUAGGUGCUGCCAUGGCCACCAUCGGCUACUACGCAGAAGAAGAAGAAUUGCGUCGCCUUGCGGCCAAGCCAGGCUCUUCAGAACCCAUUGUUGAACCCACCUCCGGCACAUACGUUCCCUUGCCGCCCUCAUUCCCCGACAUGCACCCACACGCGCCUCACUUGGGUGUGGUGGCCUCAACCAACACGUCGGGAUCACACAGAGGAGGGGGAUAUAACCCCAUAACGAAGGGUGGGCGACCCCCACCGCUACAGGCUAACCACCACGCUGAGGACAUUGCAUCUGUUGAUGAAGGCCACAUUGAAAAACCUGAAGAUAUCGCACCGCAGCAACCUCCUGACGAAGGGGGUGAAGUGGUGCCAGUGUACAUCUCGAGCUACAUCCCCUACAAGGACUUAGGGCUCAACAAGCUCGCCUACAUCGGCCCCAUUGUCAUGGGGUUUGGAGGCUUCGUGAUUGUGGCGGCGUGCGUGAUGACGUUCGAGGCCCGCGAUAGCGCCGCGAAGAUAGUGCCAGCCCGCUUCCGGAAAACAUUUCCGGAGAAACCGGUAGAGAAAGAUGAAGAUCCCGGCUUCCGGCACUCAGCAGCCCAAACUAAAUGGGAUCCAAUGGCUAUGCAUACCGCAGAUUCAUACAGCUCGUACAAUAACAAAGAAUUUAACAGGAAGGCCAUGACUUUAGCCUUCAUAAAGUUCUCUAAGACUUUUCAAAAGAGUGUUGAUUCAUCCGCGGAAUACUACGACUGGAAAGGAGUUCAUCAUCUGAUUAAGUGCCCUUCAGCUCCGUCGUUGGUGCCUGAAUGUCUGAAGGAAGAGAGAAGGCAGGCGGGAAUCGAGGCUCCGAGGAUUCUUCGAGUGUGCGUUCCGCGUCCUCAAUCGCGACGUUUAUCCACAAACGUCCUCCCACGUCAGACGAUGUCAGUUGACAACCCCGCUAUUCGCGAGGUCUGUACCUCAGCCCUGCCCUCAUUUGCAGGUGAACGAAAAUGUGAUGAAGAAAUGGAAUUAGGGGCUUCAGCUACCGCCGUGCAUCAAGCCGACAGUGAUUCUAACCUGGCUCUAGAUCUUCACCUUCCACAGUGCGCGGUCACUCUCAUGGUUAGGGACAGCUCCAGGUCGCCCAUUGCCAAGACACACUUGGACGAAGAAAUCCCGUCCAUCGCAGAGUCGGUUCCGAUGACUCAAUCAGAUUCUUCAAGACCAUCGAGUUAUCAGGCUCACUUUAAAGUCGACAAACAAACAUCGACGGCCGAGAAUAGGGAAUUAACGUCAUUUGGCUGGUCCAAAGAGACUUCUGGAUCACGUGACGCUGGUUUUUCCAGCGGAGGUUCGUUCAGAGAACCCAAACGACCACACGCCAGUCGAAAAGUAAAGCGAAGUGAGACCAUUGACACCGCAUCCACACACCACCGUCGACACCACAAUCACCAUCACCACACAUCUCAUCACCGCCACAAUUCACCACACUUGCAGUCGUCCCAGCGGGCGUCGUCAGCGAGGAGCGUCGCAGGACGCAGUCCAGGAGACAGCCUGCGCCAUAAGCUGGUAAGCUCGCGCAGCGAGACAGGGCGAAGGCAUCAGCUUCUUCGGCAGUCCAAGUUUGAGGCAAGCGGUUCACACGAGGAGCUCAAGAAUCAGGCUCCUUUCAAUGUUUAG